CGCAGCGGUACUCCAUGCCGCAAUUUAAAUUUUUAAUACAUUUUUCUAUCGGUAUAUUUGUCCUACGCCCUGGCCGUCUAGGUAUGCAAUCAUGUCUAUUUUUAGGAGCGCCUGGCUUGCACGAAGUUUAUUGGUGUAAGUCUGUCAGUUUGUUUCGGAGCGUCAAAGUAACGAGAGCUGAUCUGCGGUAUUCCGUGCCGCAACGCGACCGGUCAUGGAUAGAAGAGCCUUCAGGAAACCACUUACUGAGAAAGAGUUACGUUACCUAGCGGAGAACUGGUCUGAUUAUGAGGAUGAUGUCGAUUUUGAGAGUGAAAGCUGUUAUAUGCUCUUUGUGACAGUAAAACGUAUUACACUUGGAAAUUUGGAAUAUAUUGUGGAUUACAACGUGAG